UAAACGCUCACUCAAGCGCUUCAUCGGCCGGCUGCAGACCACUCCGCCGCUUCAGUUUUUGGACGACAUGAAAUUGACUCUUCCCAACCCGGGACUGGAUCUGCGGAUCUCCAGCCUUGAGGAUCUGGACAGGAUAGAGAAAGAAGAAGCUGAUAAUAGACCCAAAUGGGAUAAUAAAGCUCAGUACAUCCUGACCUGCGUGGGAUUUUGUAUCGGCCUUGGCAACGUGUGGCGAUUCCCUUACUUGUGUCAGAGCCAUGGAGGAGGAGCCUUUUUGAUCCCGUACCUGCUCCUGCUGGUAUUAGAAGGAAUGCCCCUCUUGUUGCUGGAAUUUGCCAUCGGCCAGCGUCUUCGGAAAGGAAGCGUUGGAGUGUGGCGGGCCAUCAGUCCUUACCUGACUGGUGUUGGUAUUGCCUCCAUGCUGGUGUCCUUCUUAGUUGCUUUGUAUUACAACAGUUUGAUAGCUUGGAUCAUGUGGUACCUUUUCAAUUCCUUCCAAAGUCCACUGCCUUGGACUCAGUGUCCUCUCAAUGAGAAUGCAACAGGUUUUGUAGCCGAAUGUCAACAGAGCUCCACCGUGGACUAUUUUUUCUACCGGGUGACCCUCAACAGCUCAACGUCCAUAUCGGACUCUGGGGAGCUCCACUGGCCCAUCGUCGUGUGCCUUUGCUGUGCAUGGACUGUUGUAUGCAUUUGCUGCAUCAACGGAAUAAGCAGCUCGGGCAAGGCUGUGUACAUCACGGCCAUCCUGCCAUACAUUGUGUUGUCCAUAUUCCUGAUCCGAGGACUAACCCUGAAAGGCGCCUUUAGCGGUAUUCAGUUUCUCUUCACCCCAAAUGUGGAGGAAUUGAUGAAUCCAACAACGUGGCUGGACGCGGGGGCUCAGGUUUUUUACGCUUUUGGUCUGGCAUGGGGCGGGCUUAUCUCAUUCUCCAGCUACAAUCCCGUUCAUAACAACUGCGUGCAAGAUGCUGUCAUCCUGUCGGUUGUCACCGGCUUUACUUCCGUGUUUGCUGCUACUGUUACGUAUGCCAUCAUUGGCUUCAGGGCCACGGAGAAAUAUGACCUGUGUUGUAGUGACAACAUCCUGUCAUUAAUAAACGGAUUCGAUCUUCCUGAGGACAGCAUCACUCCAAGCACUUUCGACUUGGCCUUAGAAAAUCUCAACAGCUCCUCUCCCGAGGUUGUUCUCGGACUGAACCUUAAAACCUGUGACUUGCAAAAAUUCCUCAGUGGGGGAGUGGAGGGAACAGGUCUGGCAUUUAUUGUUUUCACAGAGGCCAUCACCAAGAUGCCAGCUUCACCAGUUUGGUCUGUUCUCUUCUUCAUUAUGCUCAUCUGCUUGGGGCUUUCUACCCUCUUUGGCAACAUUGAGGGAGUGGUGGUCCCCUUGAGAGACUUGGGGGUUUUCCCCAAAAAGUGGCCCCAUGAAGCCCUGACUGGAAUAACGUGCCUCGUGUCUUUCGUCAUCACCCUCCUCUUCGCUUUGAAUUCCGGCAAUUAUUGGCUUGGACUUUUUGACAAAUUUGCCGGAUCCAUUCCGCUUCUGACGAUUGGAUUCUUUGAAAUGAUUUCUGUCGUUUACAUAUACGGCAUUGACAGGUUCAACGAGGACAUAGAAUUCAUGACUGGACGCAAACCAAACAUCUUCUGGCAGAUUAUGUGGAGGUUCAUCAGUCCUCUCAUUGUCCUGGCCAUUUUAAUUUUCUACUUGAUAAUCCAAGCCCAUGAAAAACUCACCUAUUUAGUCUGGGAUCCUGCUUCUGAAGCGUUUCCGUCUUUGUCAUCCAAAGCAUAUCCGUCUUGGAUCAAUGGAAUGGUUUUUCUCUUGGCGGGGGUUCCGAGUCUAAUCGUGCCUCUGUAUGCAUUGUGUAGGUAUAUCUUUGUGUGCUGCAGGCGACGAGUAAAUUGAAUAAGAUAAAGCUCAUUUUACAUUUUUUAAAAAUAUAUAAUGUUAAAAUGAUUUUAGAAAGAGAUCAUGUUUCUUGGAUUACAUAACAAUAGCCACCGGGUGGCAGUGUAAUCCAGGGGUCACUAACCUGUAUGAAACUGAGAGCUACUUCUUGAUAACCGAUUAAUACAAAAUUCUAGCAGUUUAAGACACACUUUUGAAAUUCCUUGUAAUUAUGUAAUCAUUAUUAAUUAAUUAUAUGAAUCCAUGUGGUCCCCAGGGGGGGACCUGAUGCUCGUGGCACCAUGUUUCCGUUUUUGAAAUCAGUACAGCCCUUAUCAGGACUGUCAGGGAAAUGUAGCCAAGGUUUUUAUGAUGUGCAAACAAAAUAUAAAUGUUACAAAAUAGAA